GGGGCGGGGCCCGGCGGCUUAUACUCUCGCGCCGGCCUGCAGCCGCAGACAGUACGCCUCCCGACGCCAGCGCUCCGGACGCCGCCACCUUCGCCGCCACCGCCACCUCGGACGCGAGAGAAGAAAUGUCUCACGCAGGACCCCUCUCCAGGGAUGUCUUUUUGAGCACCUUCCUGCAGGAGCAUGGCCCGGAAGUUCUGGACGUUCCCGGCGUGACUGAUCUCGUGGAGUACUAUGAUCCCGGGCCCUCCCCUAACAGCAACAGCCCCGAUGACGUGGCCAUGCGGCUGGCCUUCAUCGGGGACGAGAUGGAAGUGAGGUGGAUGGUGCCCCGCGUUGGCGAGCUGCCUGGGAUGGCCUUGUACAGCUUGGCCUUUACCUACAACCAGACGGGCCUGAGGGGUGUUCUCAGGAGUCUCAUGGACGGGCUCGCCAGCCUCAGGGAGAACAUCCGCGUGUGGAGCUUCCUGACCCUCAGGAACAGGGUGUCCCCGAACGCUGGCCGUGGGCUGGCGCUGUCCCUGCUGCUGCUGGUGCUGCUGCUCAGCUGGGGGCUCCACCACCUCCAGUGACGCCCCGCUGCUGCGCAGCCUGGGGGUGGGGCUGGCCCCGCCCCCGCCCACCACCCUGGAGGUGGCCUCAGUUGGUUUUGUUGCCUUUUUAACGGUUUUCUGAUGAUCCCUUUUUUUUUUUAUUUAAACUCUGAGUGCUGGGACACUACUGAGGUUUCAUACUAGUUUUUUCUUUCUUUUUGUUAUAAGAGAAAUGAAUUCAUUAUACCUCUGGGGUCGUUACUGGGUAACUGCCCGCGCCAAGGCCUGGCUGGGCCUUCUCUCCUGGCCCCGCCCCGAGCAGUGGCCAGUCCGGGGGGAGUGCUGGCCGCACCCCCGUGUCUGUGACGCUCGUGGCAAAGAGAAAAUCUGCUGGAAUGGAUUUCCGAGGGGUGGGAGAGCUCAAUAAAAUGUUGGUUUCCA